AUGCUCAAGAAGCUCAUCGGUAUGAAGGGUGGAGACAUAUUUCACCAGUUAUUGAUCCAUAACGGUGUUGAACAUAUUUUCGGCUAUCCAGGGGGUGCUGUACUUACGCUUCUUGAUGUAAUCUAUGGAAGCGACAAGUUACAGUUUAUCCUUACUCGUCAUGAACAAGGUGCAGGACACAUGACGGAUGGUUACGCUCAAGCCACAGGACGAACAGGAGUAGUUCUUGUGACAUCCGGUCCAGGGACAUCCAAUUUAGCAACGGCCAUGUUGAAUGCGUUAUUGGACGGAAAUCCCAUCGUGGUUAUUUGCGGGCAGGUUGCGACCGAUGCGCUAGGCACCAAUGCAUUCCAAGAAAUCGAUGUUCCAGCACUCGCCAAACCCUGUACUAAAUGGGUUACUGUUGUGCAGAAGAUAGAAGACCUUCCCUUCGUCGUUAGAGAUGGCUUUCGAGCAGCCCAUGGGAGGGUGGCCUGGACCGGCACCAUUGAGCGGGUAGCUAAACUGAUCAACACCGCCGAACGGCCAGUUAUUAUCGCUGGCCAUGGAGUAUUGAAUGUCCCCAGAGCUCCUUCGCGUAUUUCCGAACUGUCAGAAUUGGCACAAAUUCCUGCUGAAGCCCUCCACAUGGUUGGAACGCACGGAGCAGUAUAUGCAAACUAUGCGGUGCAGAAUGCAGACCUUAUACUAGCCCUGGGAGCUCGACUGGACGAGCGGGUAGUAAGCGACCUAGAAUCGUUCGCGCCGAAGGCUAUGGAGGCAGAACAGAACAGUCGGGGUGGAAUUAUCCAAUUCGAUAUCGAGCCCGACAACGUCAACAAGGUUGUUCAAGUAACAGAAGCUGUGCUUGGUGAUUUAAAUGAUACCUUGCCGCUAGGCAGUAUCCCUAGGCCACCAAACUUGACGGCGCACAUUCUACCUUCGCACGUUCCAAUAGAAGUCAAUCGACAGACCAACCUUUCAUCCGUACCAACAAUAGUAACCACUGGAGUGGGUCAGCACCAGAUGUGGGCGACGCGAUGCUAUCGCUGGCGAUCCCCUAGAACGCUCAUAACCUCGGGCGAUCUGGGGACAAUGGGAUUUGGGGUACCUGCAGCUAUUGGUGCCAAGAUAGGAUGUACAGAUUCCAAAGUUAUUAAUAUAGACGGAGAUGGGUCAUUUAGCAUGACAAUGCAGGAGCUCUUAACCGCCUCACAGCACAAUGUGAAGAUAAAGGUCAUUAUUUUCAACAAUGAGGAACAAAAGAUGAUGACUCACUUAAAAAACCCUGACUUUGUGACUCUAGCACAGAGUUUCGGCUGUGAAGCGCGUCGAUGCCAUCUCGUCGAGGAGCUUGAAAGUAGCAUUCACUGGCUUUUAGAGGUAGAAUGUCCAGCGACCCUGGACGUUAAUCUGGAGAGCGAACCUCCGAUGCUUCCUAUUGUACGUGUUGGGGUUUCCUUGGAUACAUUCAUAAUGGAGCAGGAUUUCGAAUAUACGAUAAUCUGA